UUCAGAAAAAUACCAAAAAAAAUUGUUUGUAGGAUAUACAAUAUUUACUCUCUUUAUUUCUCAUCAAAUCAGUAUAUACUCCCACACACACGUGUAUCUUAAGAGCCCCUCCUAAAGGGGGGCUUAUUAAAUGAUCAAAUACCCGGUGGAGCCUGGUUCUGAUCUGACUGUAAGCUUACAUAGUAGUUACAAUGCUGGACGACAGGUCGAUCUGCCUGCGCUCUAUGGGUUUUCCCCAUACCGGAAGUCUUUCAAUACCAUACUUGUCAACAUAGUUGACAUCAUGACCGAUUAAGCGCAGCCGAUAUGCAUACCAUGCAGUGGGAGAAGGACGCCGUGCAGGUCGUAUGUAUUCUUCGUCAAAUGUAUAGCCGGUAUGAGUAGGAUAGCGUUUGUACACAGUGAAUAUUCUUCCCAACUAUAGCGACACUUUACUGAUUGCCAAGCCUUUUGGUCUGCAGCUGCAGUUGGACCGUGCCUAACAAGACUCAACACUUGUCAUUGGCUGCGAUCUACAAGAACACCUCGUGCUAUCUGUUGACCGAAUCUGUGAAGGCUACUAUGGAUCCUUUCGUUGCUCACCUCCAGGAAGUCAUGAGGGCAGAACUGGCCAAAUUCCCUCUGAAUGUAGCUGCACGUGAGGGGCGGAUCGACACAGUUGUAGCCUUGGUGGAGGCAGGAGUGUCCGUCAACAGUGCUGACGCAAACGGAUACACUGCCUUGAACUAUGCGGAAAUCAUGGAUAACACGGAAAUGAUUGAAUGUUUGGUUGGUUUGGGAGCUGACAUAACUUUGAAAGAUAAGAUGAGAAUGGAUGUUCUUUUUAAUGCUGUAAUCAGUGAACAUUGCGAUGUGGUGAAGUGUUUGGUUCGUCAUGGUGCUGACCCCAACACGAAUGAUGGUGAAGUUACCCCCUUGCACCGGGCGGCGAGUCUAAAUAUGUUGGACAUGGUGAAGCUGCUUGUGGAACUAGGAGCUGAUGUGAAUGUGAGGACAGUCAAAGGGUGUAAGUGGGCACCCUUACGCCAUGCAGUCGCAGGAAACCAUGUCCAAAUGGUGAAGCUCUUGGUUGAUCUGGGAGCUGACAUGAACCAGAGGGAUCUUAUAGAUAUAAAUGCUAUCUGCGCUGCGGCCAGUGAUGGCAAGUGGGAAGUCGUUGAAUGCCUGGCCAGUCUUGGUGCGGACCUUGACGCAAGCAGCUUAGGUUUGCCCCCGAUAAGCUUUGCCGUGAAUCUCGGCAUGGCUGAUGCAGCCAGGACACUCGUCAAGUACGGCGCAAAGUUGAACAGAACGGACCUCCAAUGGUCAUUGCUGAUCCGUACUGUCACAAACCACGACGAAGCAACUUUAGCGGUGCUUCUUGAUGGAGGAAUGGAACCUGACCUCGGCAGAUAUGAAGGAAUGUCACCAUUGUUCUACAGUGCCACAUUGGGUAAUGGCUCAGCAACCAACAUGCUGAUUAAAGCAGGUGCAUGUGUUAAUUUCACCAACCCCCAAGGCAUGACCCCACUCCAUGGAAGCUGUACGUACGGCCACACAGAUGUCGCUCGACUGUUACUCCUGGCUGGCUCUGAUAUCAACAAAACCGAUGAUAAGGGCAGGACGCCAAUUAGUUGUCUACCUUUCCAAGACGUGGUAGACUACAGCUUGGAAAGAAGGUGGCUUGCCAUGAAGAACCUUGUCGAGAACACACCACUGGACACCAUUCCAGAUGUUACCUGCCCUCCGCUAGAGCAGCUCCACAUCAUCCCGGGGAUCGGAAAUGUCCUUGCCAUUCCGGGCGGCUUAGCCAAGCAGGUGUUCGCCGAUGUCAAAGCAUUCAUCGGGAAGCUUCCAGCCUUCGCUGGCGACCUCUUCACUGGGGUCAAGCUGCAGCAGGUUGGGAGCUCAGGCGAAGAGACCAGGACGGGUCUGCCCAACGAAAUGGACUUCAUCUUCCAAGUGAACCUUGGCUUCGAUAACAGGGCAGUUAAGGAGGUAGGAUAUGGAUACGCAUUGGUGUCCUACCCAGUAGAUGCAAAAAGCGCCUAUCGGUUUGCGUUUUGGAAGGGCAGCAAAAGCUUCCAUGAUAUAUUCAAUGACAUUUUUGAAAAGUUCAAGAGAACGUCGGAAGAUGUCAGAGUUAGGAUAAUGGAGGACACAGAGGAGGUCAUUAAAGAAACUGAUAGGAAGGCGUGCACUCCAAUGAUGAUCUGUCGCGAAGACGAAGAAAGCAAGGAGAGAGUGGCUGUAUCUGUAGAUGCGGUGCCUUGCAUCCACAUCAACGACUGGCCGGAAAACGGCACUCGUCAGACUUGGCUGAUGGACUACGCAACCUUGAAAGGACGUGGUUAUAACCUCAUCCCAAAGACACCAAAUGCCAACAGUGAAAUCGCCCGAGGUUUUAGCCCGAAGGAUCUUGAGGAACUCUGGCGGAUCUCCUUCUCGCAUCUAGAAACGGAGCACAUGUAUAAUGUUAUCCCUCGAGUCAAGGCCGUUUACGUCACAGCCAAAUGUCUACGUAAUCCGGACGUCUGUCAGAUUCUGAUCCGCGACCAGGGAGCGAAGUUGAAGACGGCUGAAAGCUACGUGGUAAGCUACCUCUUGAAGAUGAUGUUCUUCCAACGCGUUGAGGAGUUCCAGAGCACUGAACACAGUCUUGGGAAGAUGGUGUGUCAGUUGUUUGAUGACGUAGCGGAUGGCUUGACCAGGAAUUUUAUCCCUUUGUUUUUCAUACCAAGCAUCAAUGUCCUCGACGGUCUCAAACUGGACAUCUUCAAGUGCGCCGCAGUUGCACGGAUCAUGUCUCGAUUUGUCAAGGCGUUGUUCUCGCGGGAUCUCGCUACAGACGUUACUGACGUCACUGACGAUAUUACAUUCAAAAUCUACCAACGUGAUAAGCCUCUCUACAAGAUAUACGACAUUGGUGACAUCGGAAGGUCAACCCAGGAUGGCGAAGUGGGUCUCCAGAUGUUGAAUAUAGAGGGUGCUGUUGGAGAGGAUAGUACAGUAGAGAAUGCUGACAGCAAGAUGGCCAAGUUGCUCGCCGUAGUGACGGAAUUCACGCACAAACCAGACAUAUCGAAGCAUGAGAAAGCGUAUAAUAUUUUGAGUGCUUUGGAUGAAAUGGAGGGGUCUUUGAAAAAGUCCAACGAGCUCCUGAAAGACUCCGCUAAGUCUGACCCCACAGAGCCUCUAAAAAUGCCAUUUUCACAAUAACUUCGAAAGCCAUGUGAGUGAAAACUUAGUCUCCUUGAGAAUUUGUCCUAUGACAAGAUUGUACAACCUUGAUUAGGCCCGGCCCGGUGCAAAUGGUGAAAACCUUCUGUUAUAGAACAUCCGGGGAACAAAGGAUUCUGUUGCUCUUUAAUCUCUAAGCUAGAUGCAGAGGUCAUGGCCUCUACAUGUACCACCAUUUACCAUUAUCCGUCUGAAUACAGAAGGGCUGGACACUUGUUUCAAGGGGACAGUAACUGCUUCUACACCGUCAUACAUGCAGAACCUUUCAAAACAGCUUCUUUAUAAGAAACGUGCAUGUUGGAAUACUGGUGAGAAUGUGAACCGCUUGCAUCUUUCCGAUAAUAUUGUCUGUCGUCACAAGUGUAUAGCUUUUUUAUGUCGUGUGUGACCUCGGGUGGCUAUAGUAGCAUUAGUAACAACUUGAACUGCUGUUAAUGUUAGCCUUGGCACUCUUGACUAACUAUUUUAAACUAUUCUAAUGAAUAAAAACGCAUAUAAAAUUAA